AUGGAUGGACCCCAUCAUUCAGUUCUUGGACCUAUGCCUGAGGGCAAAGGUCAGGUCAAGUAUGUUGUUGUAGUUGUGGACUACUUCACCAAGUGGGUUGAAGCUGAAGACUUGGCCACCAUCACUACAGCUCGUAUCGAAACAUUUGUUUGGCAGAAUAUUGUAUGUCACUUCGAUAUCCCCAACUUCAUCAUCACAGACAACGGCUGGCAAUUUGACAAUGCCAAGUUCAAGCAAUUUUGUUCCAACCUCAAGAUACGUCUUUGCUUCGCCUCUCCGGCCCAUCCUCAGUCCAAUGGCCAGGUUGAAGCUGUGAACAAGAUAAUCAAGAAGAGUCUAAAGACCAAGCUUGACAAAGCCAAGAGUUGCUGGCCAGAACUACUCCCAAAAGUUCUUUGGUCCUAUUGCACCACCUUCCGUACCUCCACAGGAGAAACAUCGUUCUUUCUUUCCUUUGGUACCAAAGCCGUGACACCAGUGGAGAUCGGCCAGCCCACAUACCAAACCUCCACUUAUGAUGCCGAAGCCAAUGACAAGCAGUUAGCCCUGAACCUCAACUUCAUUGACGAGCUUCGUGACCAAUCCAACAUGCGCAACGUCGCAUACAAACAGUGCAUUGCCAAGUACUAUGACUCCCGAAUCAAACCCCGUGCUUUCAAGAUUGGGGACUAG